CUCUUGUUAAGCAUAUUGCACCAAAAAGGCGGAAAGGCCUCAUGUAGGCAAAGCUUUUCACUGCAAUUUAAGUGACUAAUGAAUGACAAAAUGACUUUUCUCUAAACAGAUUAUCUGAGUCCUUUCCAUGCUUAUGAUGAGGGUAACCUUUCAUGGAUGGCUGCAGCAGAAGCAGAGCCUGCCACAACGUCAAUGUCUAUACGAGCCGUACCUGAUGCUAAAUCAGCAGAUGAGGCAACUCAAGUAGUGCGUGGAAAUUGGCUUGAGGCAAUUGAAAAGCACCAUAGACAGCACUCUGGUGGUUCUAUGGUUCGAGACAUUCUGGAUAUUGGAUGCUCAGUAGGUAUUAGCACUGGUUAUCUCGCCAACACAUUCCCUUCGGCAAAAGUCACUGGUCUAGAUCUGUCGCCAUAUUUUCUUUCUGUGGCUCAGUUUAAUGAGAGAAAGAGGUCCCAAAGAACAGCACCAAUACAGUGGAUACAUGCUAAUGGGGAAGAUACGGGCUUGCCAUCCAAAUCAUUUGACCUUGCUUCAAUUUCUCUAAUGUUUCAUGAAUGUCCUACUAGAGCAACAACCAAUGUAAUAAAGGAAUCGUUUCGGCUACUUCGACCUGGCGGCACCAUUGCCAUAAUGGAUCAAGCGCCAUCCUCUAAGGUUCUUCAGAAUUUGUCGCCUGUGCUGUUUACACUAUUGAAGAGUACCGAACCCCACCUAGACGAGUACUAUCUUACUGAUUUGGAAGGAACACUAAGGGAAGCGGGGUUCGUGAAUGUAACAGAGGUCCUAACAGAUUCGAGACACAGAACUGUGACGGCAUCUGUGCCUCAUUAAAUAUGUGGUUGCGAGGAUGUUUUGGCUUCCAGAGCCACGGUAAAUGGCGAAAAAUAAGAUGCCAUUUCUCUAAACCUUCAUAUUAAAGCUGUAUGAGGAAAACCAGACAGUUUUGUAAAUGAUUGUUGAUCAUUGUCCGGCUCAUUAUCCAGAGUCGCAUGUUGAACAGCUGUUGCUUCUAAAAAA